AAGGCAGGGACUAAUUGGCAAAUUUUGAAAGGAAAACAAAAAACUGAAAUCAUCAGAGCAUCAGCACUUUCCUCCCAACACUUGGACGGAUAUUUCUCGCGCUCUGUCUUCAACUGUUACCUUUUUCUUCCCCCUCUUUAUCGUCUCAUACACAGAACAAACAGUCUCUCCAGCGGCGAACCAUUCACUUUCCGGCGACUAUACUCCGGCGACUUCACUGUUUACACUCCCUUCUCCUUCUCCAUGUCCGCCAUAGCGCUCUGCUCUUCUCCGGUUCCUUUUCCUUCUCAAUUGCCGAUCAAGCCUCGGAGAAAACCAAAAUUGUAUUCAUCCGAUUGUCUCUGCCUUUCAUUUUCGUGUAAUUUGACAAGACUGUGGUCUUCUCACUGUUCGACGUCGAAGAAUUGGAGCACGGUGCGUAAUGGAGCUGUGUCCACGUUUGCUUGUUCGACGUCGUCGUUCGUCGGGAGAAUCGGCUCGCGGAUUCGGCAGGGGAAUUUCUCGCUCUUGUCCUUUGGAUUGAACUCCAAUGCGGAGGCGGAAGCUACCGAUGGCGAUUCGUCUCAGCUUUUGUCGGCUUUGCUUCCUUUUGUGGUGGCUGCUACUGCGAUUGCGGCUUUGACUCGGCCUUCUACUUUCACUUGGGUUUCUAAGGAUUUCUAUGCCCCAGCUCUUGGUGGGAUAAUGCUAUCUAUUGGGAUUAAGCUUUCUAUUAAUGAUUUUGCUUUAGCAAUUAAGAGGCCUCUACCACUUUCUGUUGGGUUUAUUGCUCAGUAUGUGUUGAAACCAGCCCUUGGUGUUUUGAUAGCUAGAGCAUUUGGCAUAUCUCCAAUGUUCUAUGCAGGAUUUCUUCUCACAGCCUGUGUUGGAGGGGCUCAGUUGUCAAGUUAUGCCAGUUUCUUGAGUAAAGGAGAUAUUGCCUUGAGUGUUCUCCUUACCAGCUUCACCACCAUCUCUUCCGUGCUUCUGACACCUCUUUUGACUGGCAUUCUGAUCGGUUCGGUUGUUCCAGUUGAUGCAGUUGCCAUGGCAAAGUCAAUAUUGCAGGUUGUUCUUGUUCCAAUUUCUCUUGGACUCGUCCUUAAUUCUUAUGCAAAGCCGAUCGUGGCCCUUCUUCAGCCUGUGAUGCCGUUUGUUGCAAUGAUCUGUACUUCAUUGUGCAUCGGUAGCCCUCUUGCUAUAAACAGGAGCCAAAUUUUGUCAAUAGAUGGAGCCCGGUUGGUUUUUCCAGUUUUGGCCUUCCAUACUGUGGCAUUCACUUUGGGAUACUGGGCGUCCAAAAUUCCAAUCGUAAGGCAAGAAGAAGAAGCUAGCAGAACAAUUUCACUAUGCACAGGGAUGCAAAGCUCCACUCUAGCAGGGCUUCUUGCUACACAGUUCCUCGGGAGCACACAGGCCGUUCCGCCUGCGUGUUCGGUCGUCGCCAUGGCCAUCAUGGGUCUCUGUUUAGCUUCUUUCUGGGGCAGUGGCUCCAAAAUUAGAGACUUACCAUCUCUUUUGAUGCAGAAAACCAGUUCAAUUGUCAGUGCUUCUUGAAUCCAUCUCUUAAACUGGUUGGGAGUCUCAAAAUGCAACGGCGAAAAUUCCAGUUGAAGGCAAGGGAAAAGAGUGCUGCAUUAACUAGCAGUAGCAGUUGGAAACUUCUGUGUACAGAGAGAGAUUCAGGUACCCCAUAGAAAAUAGCAGGAAAUGAAUUUACUUGUAUACGUUCAUAUGAUACAGGAAAUGAAAUGGGGCGCACCAUCAGCAUGAUGUAGAAUAA